AUAAGAAAAUAAGACAAACAAGAUUCAAUUUCAAUAAUAAUAAUUGAGACGAGUCACGAGUGUGGUGUGUGGGAUCAUCACCAUUCAGCACUACCAGCAGCAGCAGCGAUAACGUGUGAUGGACGCCGUCGCAGCCGCAGUAUCAACGGCGGGAACAACCGGCUCGGUGUUGAACAAGUCCGGUAGCGGCGGUUCCGAUCGGAGUGAUGAUAGAGGGAUAUUUGAGUAUUUUGGUUGGGUGUAUCACCUGGGAGUGAAUUCGCUUGGUCAUGAGUACUGUCAUCUCCGAUUCUUGUUCAUUAGGGGGAAGCAUCUUUCUAUGUAUAAGCGUGAUCCUCAUGAAUACCCUUCCCUUAAACCGAUUAGGCAGGGAGUUGUGGGGCCCGCGCUAAUGGUGGAGGAGCUAGGUCGUCGGAGGGUCAACAAUGGGUUGGACAAUCUCUCUGAGGAUCUUUAUGUUUUGCGGUUUUACAAUCGGUUAGAUGAGACCAAAAAGGGAGAAAUUGCUUGCGCUACAGCUGGGGAGGUUCGGGGAUGGACAGAAGCAUUUGAUCAUGCCAAGCAACAGGUUGAGUAUGAGCUGUCAAGAGGAGGCAGUGCCAGGGACAAACUAAACAUGGAGGCCGAGAUCAAUCUUGAAGGACAUCGGCCUAGAGUGAGGCGGGUUUCCCAUGGUUUGAGGAAGCAUAUAAGAAUUGGCCAAGGCCCAGAAAUACUGUUACGGCAAUCGUCAAAGUUGGCUAGCAGGGCAGAUGGGUUUCAAGGGGAUAGUGGAGAUGCAGUUGAAGCCUAUCAAUGGAAAUGUGUUCUUACUGUGUCUGGUAUUAGAAUUUUCGAGGAUGUUUCAAGUCACAAGUAUGGUAAGGGUAUCCUUGCAAAGUCUGUUGGUGUUAUUGAUGCAACUGCAGAUACUGUUUUUGAAGUGGUUUUGAAUACUGAACGACAGAGAAGAUAUGAGUGGGAUAUGUUGAUGUGUGACUUAGAGCUGGUAGAUUCUUAUGACGGACACUAUGAUGUUGUUUAUGGGACAUAUGAUCCUAAGUAUCUAUCUCGGUGGCAUUCAAAGCAGGAUUUUGUCUUCUCUAGGCAAUGGUUUCGUGGACAAGAUGGAACAUACACUAUCUUGCAGUUUCCAGCUAAACAUAAGAAAAAGCCUCAAAGAUCUGGAUAUCGACGUGCAAAGAUUAAUACAUCUACAUGGGAAAUUAGAAACUUGAACACACCUAUGGCAUCAAAUAGUCCAAAGUGUCUUGUGACCCACACUUUAGAGAUACAAUCUGCAUCCUGGAUGAGAUGGAAGAACAACCGGUGCUCACAAUUUGAGAGGAACAUUCCUUACGCGUUAUUGUGCCAAGUGGCAGGUCUGAAGGAAUACAUCUCAGCUAAUCCAGCACUCAACCGCGAAAAUGCCACCACGGUUGUUCAUUCCAAAAUCUCUGAUGGUUCCAUUUCCAGUUCUGAAUAUGAGGAUGAAGUGCUAGAUGAGUUUUAUGAUGCUAUUAGUGCUGAAUCGUCAACAUCAGAUGAAGAAAGCGAUGAUGAUGAGAAACAUGAUCCUAAGGAGCUAAGAGUCAAACUGAAGAAUAUAUCAUGGGCAAUCACAACCUUAGCUUUGAAGCGAACUGCAGCUCCUGAUCUAGGCGAAGAACUGGAUCCUACUGUAGCCCCUAUCACAAUCGAUCAAAGUGACAUUCAUGGCUCUUUGCGCAAAGGAAAGGAUGACAAUGACACAAACUGUUGGACUUCUCCUAGUGGAAAAGGAUUUAUGAUCAGGGGAAAGAACUAUCUUAAAGAUAAUUCUAAGGUUGUUGGAGGAGAUCCUCUUCUCAAGCUCAUAGCAGUUGAUUGGUUCACAGUCGAUAAAUCUGUAGAUAGAAUUGCCCUGCACCCGAGAUGUAUGGUUCAGUCAGAAGCAGGCAAAAAGCUUCCAUUUAUCCUCGUCAUAAAUCUCCAGGUUCCUGCUAAACCAAACUACAGUCUGGUUCUAUAUUAUGCAGCGGACAGACCGGUGCAUAAAGAUUCUCUAUUGGCUAAGUUUGUUGAUGGAAGUGAUGUGUUUCGGGACUCUAGGUUCAAACUUAUUCCGAGUAUAGUUGAGGGAUAUUGGCUGGUCAAGAGAGCCGUUGGAACCAAAGCUUGCCUCUUAGGGAAAGCUGUGACUUGUAAAUACUUCAAACAGGAUAAUUUUUUGGAGAUUGAUGUGGACAUUGGAUCAUCCUCUGUAGCUAGGAGUGUCAUUAACCUUGUUCUGGGAUAUGUCACAAACCUAGUUGUUGACCUUGCAAUUUUGGUAGAGGCAAAAGACGAGAAGGAGCUGCCGGAGUACAUUCUUGGAACUGUCCGGUUAAACCGUUUAAAACUUGAAUCUGCUGUACCAUUGGAGAAAUGACAAUCUGAGUGAACUUUUUUCAGAUACCUCAGUUUCUGUUUUCUGUUUCUUUGUGCUCUCAUGCCUCUCCUCAUUCGAGUUUGGUUCCUAUGAUAAGGUAACCAUUUCCUUGACCGUCAGUAAUUAAAUCGUCAUGUAAAAAAGAAAGGAAGUCUACAAACUGUAAAAGAUGGAUGCACACUGUUUGAUUUUGUAGGCACCGCACAAGAAAUUGUCUGCACCAUGUAUUCAUUACUACAAAUUCAUGGAGUUUGUGAGCAAAUAUACUAGUGUAUUCUAACAAUAUAACCUCCUAUACCUGUACCGCCAUAAGGGAGUCGCAAUGGAGUUUGUAUUCAUGGCCAGUUUAUUUUUUAUUUUUUUAUGUUAAAGAAUGUAUUGAUGGGACAUUGGCUUGUAUCAAAAGAAUAAGAUUUGUGAUUGAGUGGAAUUGUCUCUCUACUGUCAGAA